CGGGCGGUGGCGGCGGCGUUGUGCGCAUGCGCGGCCAUGGCGGCGGCCUGUGCCGAGAUGGAGCCGGCGGCGGCGCCUCCUUCUCCUCCUCCCGGUCCGGUCGCCGCUUCACCGAGUUCGGCCGGGCUGGUGUGCGAGCAGGGCCGGAACCUGAAGGCGGUGCUGUGUCAGCGCUGCGGAUCGAGGGUGCUGCUGCCCGGAGCCGCCACCUUCACCUGCCGUGAGCUGCUGCUGCCCGCCAUGAGGAAGAAGGCGACAGCGACGGACGGUGGGGAUGGAGAUGGAGACGUGGUGCGGGAGCAUUGGCUGGUGCGCGACAUGUUCUCCUUUGAGAACGUGGGCUUCACCCGUGACGUGGGCAACAUCAAGUUCCUGGUGUGCGCUGACUGCGAGGCCGGGCCCAUCGGCUGGCACUGCCUGGACGACAAGGACAGCUUCUACGUGGCGCUGGAGCGUGUGGCCCACGAGUGACAGCAGCGUGGGGUCAGGGCGGCUGGCGGGGCCGGGCUGCACCCCCUGCUGGGCAGCACCACGGAACAACACGAUGCGCCAGAGCAGCACCGCACCACAAAGCCACCGGAACAUGGAGCUGCUGCUCUGCACGUGCUGGGCUGUCUCCGUGCUGACUGCUCUGUGACACAGGACCAGCAGUGCUGCAACAGAGCAGGAGGAGAAGAACUGCUGUGCUGAUCCAUGGUGUCUGACCCACAGCUAUAGGCUGUAAUGCCACAGUGUCUGACCCACGGCUAUGGGCUGUAAGGCCGUGUCCUCUGUAUAUUCAGAUAUAUAUUCAGAUGUUCCCCCCCCGUAGAUCUUAACGUUUAGGUCUCUAAAGUCUCAUCCUACUCGAUGACUGUAACCUGUAUGAAUAUCUUGGUGCCUGAAUUGUGUGUGAGGCAUUUGAAAGUCAUGUGGGUUUAUUAACUUGGAAAUAAAAGACGCGGAGCUGCCAGGUGCA